AUGACCAUGAGAGUGCCAUCUUCAGCAGUCGAAACUGUAGGCAUCCCUCAUCAGGCUCCGGAGCAAUGGCUGGCAAGGCUUGAUCCGGAAUGGGUCCAAGUCUGGAACACACACGGAGGACGCCACCGUCAGGCUGAAGAAGUCCCCAUUGAGGAAGUCCGUCGAAAGCCUCUGUCAUACAGCUUCACAUACCCAACAUGGUCCGGCCCGUCUGUGUUCAAGGAAGAUGAGAUUGAGAUCCCUGUUACUCGGCCUGCAGGCCAAAUCAGAAUACGUGGAUGGGUUCUGGGUGGACUCCAUAGUGAAGCUGCAUGGUGCCGAAGCGUUUGCAACAACACUGACAUCGUAAUCGUUGACGUGGAUUACCGCCUCGCUCCUGAAUUUGUGUUCCCCGCAGCCAUCUACGACUCGUGGGAUGCGCUCCAAUGGGUCAUCACUCAUGCAGCGGAGUUGAAUGUCGAUGCAAGUAGCGUGUCCAUUGGUGGUUUGUCUGCGGGCGGUCACAUGUCAGCUGUUCUCUCGCAUAUGGCGCGUGAUGCCGGAAUAGACCUCAGGCUGGCGCUGUUAGUUGUGCCUUCAACUGAUUUCAGGUGGCUCAUCGCUGAGGAGCCUGUGCGAUCCAACGUUGCCAGGCUGUACCCCAGCACAGCGCUAUACAAAGAUGCACCGUGGGGCGGCCUGAAAAGGGAGCAAUGGUUCUUGGACUAUUGGAUCCCGGCUGAAAAGAGGCAUGCGAAGAUUGGGUAG